UGAAAUCUUACUUCUCGAAUCUUCUUUCUUUCUUUUCUGGAAACCCACCCUAUAUCAGACAUGUCGGGACUCCGUUGCCAUGUCUGAUACACCUUGCACAGAAAAUCUUGCUAUGGAGCAUUCUCCUGACGAAUUCCGCAACUGCCUGGCUCUGCCCCGGGACGUGACGGCGUCGAUCCUGAUGAGACUGGAGGUGUUCGACAUCCUCACGCAAUGUUGAGCUUCGGCACCGACGGGCUACUCAGGCACAUCGCUGACAGUUCAAGUCAGCUCAAACGGCUUCGACUUGUAAAAUGCUACGCCAUUUUAGAUAAGGGAUUGAGUGGAGUUGCUGCAAAACUUCGAUUAGUAGAGGAGCUUGACAUGACGUACUCUUUAAUAUUGUCAAAAGAAGCUCUUGAAGCUGUGGGCCGCUGUUGCCCUUAUUUAAAAUCACUCAAAUUCAACAACGAAUGGCAGAAUUAUAGAGUGUGUGAUGAGGAGGCACUUGCUAUUGCAGAGAAUUUGCCUGAAUUGCGCCUCCUCCAGCUUAUCGGAAAUCAGCUGAGUAAUGACGGCUUGCAGGCCAUCCUUGAUGGUUGUCCUCACCUUGAAUCACUUGACCUGCGCCAAUGUUUCAAUGUCACUCUGGCAGGAAAUUUGGAAAGAAGAUGUACUGAACAAAUUAAAGACUUGCGGCGUCCCCAUGAUUCUACUAAUGACUAUGAAUAUGAAGCUUCUUAUGAAUUGUUCGACGAUGACUACUACCAUGGCAAUGACUAUGAAAUCUUCAAAGCCUAAGAUGACCCCGACUAUUGAGAUUUUACUAUGGGAAUUUUCAUUUUCACUACGUAAAUGAAAUAACUCAACUCUUGUCUCCCAAUAUUUUGAAUGCAUUGAUUUCAUGUGCAUUGUUAUAUAUAUUUU